UCAACCUACCAUAUACCAGUUACCUGGCAAUGACAGAGCACACUAACAACGAAACUGUUGGAUUUCCCUGGAUAUGUAAUCACUGUAUUCUCUUACUGUGGAGAGUUGUAGCUUUUUCAACCAAGGAAUACAAUAUACUCUGACAGAUGGAUGUGAAGAUAAAAUAUCUAUGCUGUAAUCCCCUCCAUUCUUCGACACAGCCUGGUGUCUGACAUCAGGAAGUUGGAUUCAGUCUAGACUUCUAACAAAGCCCAAUGCCAGGAAAUAGGACUCGCUCAACUUGAUUUUCGGACUUGCUCAACUUGUUUUCCAUGUCGCCAGAUACACAGAGGCAUACUGAUGGGAUUGUGUGUGGACAUAUCUGACAACAGUUGAUAAUCACAGAUGAAGGAAACAAGUGCUUGAGGAUCCAAAUGGUACAAACCUCUGAAUGUGUCGAAUUUGAGGAAAAUUAUGAAAGCAAUGUUUUCGUGGUGGUCGCUUGCAAUCCUGCUCUCGAUCCAGAUUUUCGCUUCAGCUUUGGAGUUGGAGAUGCUUGACUAUGAGAGUGAACACUUCACCUGCUCAAAGAGUCUCUCUAACUGCACAGUGAAGGCAGGUGCUAUGGUUCUGAACCCAGAGUGUCCUGUCGAUCACAGGGGUCUGGAGGUGCAGCCGGUGCUGUGCUGCAGACAGGGCACAGCAUGCAGACCCUGCCUACACAUUCGCCUUGACAUCCAGCCCAGAAAGCACCAGACAGCAUCAUAUGUGAGUGUAUGUUACAACGUACCAGAGCUAGAAAUGGAUAUGUGCAAGAAGCUGGAGUUCACAGUGAUCCCUGCUGCUCUGGAUGGGCAAGCUACAUCCGAGCAGGUAUGGCUGUCACUGCUGCUGAAAGAUAAUGCUGUGUCCUUCAACAGUCAGGUGACUGUGUAUGUUUGCUCCCAUCACUCUAAAGUGGUGCUUCCCUCAGUGGAUGAAGUGUGCUCAUCCGCUGCACAGGGGGUUGUAGAAGAGUGUGACGUCCCCAGUUUCAGCGCUCUGAUUGAUCAGGAGAGGCGUGAGGUGAGGCUGCGAGUCGACAAGGAAGAGGACAGCCCCUACCCACUGGAAAUGUGCAUACAACAUGAAGAUAACGGAGUGUGCAGGCCCUGUAAGGAGAGGACGGUUCCACUGCACUCUGUCACCCCCUGCAUGUGCUUCCAGGUGUGGUGGGAUACAGGAGACGAGAGGUCUCGUCGAUCUAUGAGCUGUCCCUUUAGAAACCACACCGAGCUGUUGCAGAGGAACGUAUGGGAGAAUGUGUCAGUAUCUGUGGUGCAGGGCCAAAUGAACAGUGGUGGUGCCAUGCUAUCCUGGAACCUGACUGCCCCCUGUAGGAUGGAGGCUGAAGUGUGGCACUGCCAGAAAGAUGCAGGCUUGGACAAGGACAGGUGCACAGAGCUGGUUGCCUUUAGGCAGCGUCUGUCAGAUGACAUAUGGAGGGAAAACGACAGGGGACACUGGCUGAUGCCCGGUGUGUUUGUGGAUGUCAAACCUGGCCUUGAUCUCUGUGUGAUGGUGAAGGUUAAAGGGAAGCACAGUGAGCUUGGCCCCUUCUGUCCCAUUGACUCCAGUUGGUGGCACUGGCGCUGGAGUCUGUUGGUCCUGGUCUCCCUUAUGCUGGCUGUCCUAGCAGCAAUUUGUCUAUAUUUCCUGCAUGGUAAACUGAAACGGUGGGCAUGGGAAUGGCACCAGAAGGAGUGUGGUCGAAUAGCCAACAGGGGACACAUAGUGCUGCUGAGCCCGCCGGACGUGGAUGGCUCUGUGUCAGAGCUGGUGUGUGAGCUCGGUUCCUCUCUGUGUUCCCAGGGCCUCAGUGUCUCUGUGGACCUGUGGAGUCGGGCUGAGCUGUGCUCUCUGGGGCCCCUGCCCUGGCUGCACUCCCAGCUGCAGCCCCUGGAUAGCCAAGGGGGCCGGGCAAUACUGGUACUGACACAGGCAGCCUGGGAGAGGACAGAGGACUGGGUUCGACAGUGGGACCAGCAGGGCCAACAGGGAAAGGACAUAGUCCAGGGAGUGGAGAAGGAGGAGGGGGGUGAGGAGGUGGAGGGGGGAGAAUAAGGGGCUUCUCCAGGGCUUGUCCUCCCCGUAUGCAGACGUGUUCAGUGCCGCUCUGAGCUGCAUCAAGG